GUCGUCGCUUUUCUCAGGAAUGGCCAGGUAAUGGUGAAUUACAAAAAUACAAACAGGUGAAGCAGCAGCCAGCAGCGUGUUUCGCGUUUUGUGUUGUGUUCGAGUUAAAUAUUUCGUUUCGUCAAUUAUACUGGGGAUAAACUUUAAAAAUGUUGAUUUUUCUUUCGAGACAUUUGGUUUAUAAUCUGGAUUUGAUUGACAAGCGGAAGUUAUUUUAAUUUGGAACAGUAAAUGGCUGGAACCCCUCAACAAUUGAUCGGCGCCCAUGUUCGUCCCCCCAGCCCCCCCUUGAUCCCGCAGCGUCGUCCUCCACCUCCUUUUAUACACGCACCUCCCCAAUCAAUUAGAAAUAUAUUGACAACGAACCUUAACGUACGAUUCAAGAUACCAAGUAACCAAAGCCGUUUUUAAACAUUUAAAAAUCAUUGUUAAAUUAUUUUCUAAUAUUUAAGCAAAGUUAGUUAUCGUUGUAUAAACAUUUGUAUUUAUUUUUGUUACACUGAAGACUUCUACCUCUGCAUUUUAUAAUAUUUAUAUUUAAGUUUUUGUACGUAUUAAAUCGCCGUUUUUUACUAAACGUUUUUACUUACAUUUUUAGAUAGUUAGUUAGUUACCUGGACCCAAAAGAAGUGGCCUUAUUUAUAGAAAAAUAUAUCGUCUCUUUUAAAGUGCCUUUAUACAAUUUAGAAUAAGAAACGGACAGGUUCCAUUUAGGUUAUAUUUUAACGCAUAGACUUAGCUCUACAAUUUACCUUUCCUUUUCCACUUUUUUCCUAUAACAUGGGCGAGAGAAGAUCCUUCAGAGCCUCUAGGAGAUCUCAAUUAGUUGAUAAUCAACGAAGAAUCCAUGCCAAUGAUCGAGUGUUUAACGGCCAGUUUAGAUAUGCUAGCAACUUCAUAAAAACAUCAAAAUACUCCAUCUUGACAUUUUUACCAUUAAACUUAUUCGAACAGUUCCAAAGGCUUGCCAACUUCUACUUUUUGUGCCUUCUUGUACUGCAGCUCAUUCCGGCCAUUAGCAGCUUAACCCCAGUCACCACAGCGUUACCCCUAAUUGGUGUACUAGGACUCACUGCUAUCAAAGAUGCCUAUGAUGAUAUACAACGUCAUAUUUCGGAUUCUCAUGUUAACAACAGAAAAUCAAAAGUUGUCCGAAAUGGGAAGCUGGUCCAAGAAAAAUGGUCAGCUGUUCAAGUCGGAGAUAUCAUCCGUAUGGACAAUAAUACCUUCGUAGCGGCCGAUCUCUUACUUCUCACGUCCAGCGAGCCCAAUGGACUGUGUUACAUAGAAACAUCAGAGCUAGAUGGGGAAACCAACUUAAAAUGUCGCCAGUGCCUAGUAGAAACAGCAGAGAUGGGCCAAGAUGAUGCACUUAUCAGCGAAUUCGACGGCGAGAUAGUGUGCGAGCAACCAAACAAUUUACUUAACAAAUUCGAAGGUGUAUUAAUAUGGAAGGGAAAGACCUAUUCUUUAGACAACGAUAAGAUAAUUUUAAGAGGCUGCGUUUUAAGGAACACCGCUUGGUGUUAUGGGGUGGUCAUCUUUGCGGGCAAAGACACCAAACUCAUGCAGAACAGCGGGAAGAGCAAGUUUAAGCGGACGAGUAUUGACCGACUGCUUAACUUUUUAAUUAUAGGGAUAGUAUUUUUUCUAUUAUCGAUGUGCCUUUUCUGCAUGGUGGCCUGCGGCAUCUGGGAGUCGCUUGUGGGCCGCUACUUCCAGACCUUCCUACCUUGGGAUACGCUGGUUCCUUCAGAGCCGUUAGGAGGAGCCACAAUCAUAGCUCUGCUUGUAUUUUUUUCAUACGCAAUAGUACUAAACACGGUAGUGCCGAUUUCGUUGUACGUUUCCGUAGAAGUGAUUCGGUUCGUCCAAAGUUUCUUAAUCAAUUGGGACGAGCAGAUGUACUAUAAAAAAUAUAAUGCAUAUGCUAAGGCGCGCACCACAACGUUAAAUGAAGAAUUAGGUCAAAUCGAGUAUAUAUUCUCCGAUAAAACCGGUACCUUAACGCAAAACAUAAUGACGUUUAACAAAUGCUCGAUAGGGGGCGCGUGUUACGGUGACAUAAUAGACCCCCAUUCGGGAGACGUGAUAGAAAUAACGGACGACACGGAGCCCGUUGACUUUUCUUUCAAUGCCAACUAUGAGCCAGAAUUUCGGUUUUACGACCAGCAGCUCCUCGAAGCAGUGAGACGGAGGGACAAGGAUUGUUUUCAGUUUUUUCGGCUACUGGCCCUGUGCCAUACUGUUAUGUCAGAGCAAUCUGACGGAAAAUUAGAAUACCAAGCCCAGUCUCCCGAUGAAGCCGCUCUGGUAUCUGCUGCCAGGAAUUUCGGUUUUGUUUUUAAAGAAAGAACGCCUAACAGUAUUACAAUAGAAGUAAUGGGAACUAAAGAAGUAUACGAGCUGUUGUGCAUUUUAGAUUUUAACAACAUCCGUAAAAGAAUGUCUGUGAUUUUAAGGAAGGAUGGUAAACUGACUUUGUAUUGUAAAGGGGCUGACAACGUAAUAUACGAAAGGUUAAAACAAGGCCAAGAAGAAAUUAAAGUUAGGACGCAGGACCAUUUAAACAAAUUUGCAGGCGAAGGCCUAAGAACUCUGUGUCUCGCCUACUGCGACCUCGAAGAAAAUUUUUUUAAUGACUGGAAACAGCGACACCAAGAAGCUGCGAUAGCCUUGGAGGGUCGGGACGAAAAACUGGAUUCCAUCUAUGAAGAAAUCGAAAGGGAUUUACUACUCAUUGGAGCGACUGCUAUAGAGGACAAGCUACAAGAUGGAGUACCAGGCACCAUUUCUAAUUUAAUUAUGGCAGGGAUUAAGAUCUGGGUGCUCACGGGUGAUAAACAAGAGACAGCAAUUAACAUCGGCUACAGCUGUCAGCUACUGACAGACGAACUGGUGGACGUUUUUAUCGUGGACGCAUCCUCGUACGACGAAGUCAAGCAGCAACUGCUAAAGUUCCGAGACAAUAUCAAGAUAGUGAACACCUACAAGCCAGUUCCCCCUGCCACUUUGGAAACCGAGAUUAGAGACGGGAGCACUUUCAGGUCGAGUAACGAGAACGGAGUUAACCAGGGUACGAAUGGCACAAACAGGGGAAACAGCAACGUGUCGUCUGUGCAGAACGUCGGAUCCGGACCACCGGCGGUCAGCGUCGUAACGUUCAGGUGGGCGGAGCAUCCGGAUGAUACAAUGACAUGCGCGAGAGCAAGUACCGAACUCGAGUAUCUCGGAGGAAUAGAGGAAAGCCACGUAGAAGAAACCUCUGCGGGUUUUGCGAUCGUCGUGAACGGCCACUCCUUAGUACACUGCCUCCAUCCCCAAUUGGAGAGACUCUUUCUCGAUGUUGUGAUGCAAUGCAAGUCUGUGAUAUGUUGCCGUGUUACUCCGCUUCAAAAGGCGUUAGUCGUAGAGUUAGUGAAGAAGAGCAAGCACGCCGUCACUUUGGCUAUUGGAGAUGGGGCUAAUGACGUUUCCAUGAUCAAGGCGGCCCACAUAGGAGUAGGUAUUUCGGGCGAAGAGGGAAUGCAAGCAGUUUUAGCAUCGGACUACUCUAUUGCGCAAUUCAGGUUUCUCGAACGUCUUUUGUUAGUUCACGGACGGUGGUCGUACUAUAGAAUGUGCGCCUUUUUACGUUAUUUUUUUAACAAGAAUUUUGCCUUUACGCUCUGUCAUUUUUGGUAUGCUUUCUUCUGUGGAUUUAGUGCACAAACAGUAUUCGAUCCGAUGUACAUAUCUAUUUAUAAUCUUUUCUACACCUCUCUACCCGUAUUAGCUUUAGGGAUCUUCGAUCAAGAUGUAAAUGACAAAAAUUCGAUAGCGUAUCCGCAGCUUUACCGACCGGGACACCUUAACUUAUUUUUUAACAAAAAGGAGUUCUUUCGGAGUGCAUUGCAGGGUUGCUUUGUCUCCAUCGCAUUGUUUUUUAUUGCUUUUGGCACUUAUUAUGAUGCAGUAGCACCCAACGGACAAGGUCUCUCAGACUACAUGUUGUUUUGUAGUAUCACUGCGGCAAUUUUGGUCAUCGUAAAUACUGCUCAGAUCGCCAUGGAUACUCAAUAUUGGACCGUCUUUAAUCACGUGAUGAUCUGGGGCUCUCUAGCAUUUUACUUCAUAGCUGACAACUUUUAUAACUACGUGUGUAGCGGACCUUACGUCGGCUCCUUGACCAAAGCGAUGGCGGGAGCCAAUUUUUGGUUUACUACUGUCCUGGUUGUGAUCAUUUGUGUGUUGCCAGUUUUGGCGUAUCGCUUUUAUUUCGUAGACGUGUUCCCAACGCUCUCUGACCGAGUGAGGCUGAAGCAAAGACUGGCUCAAGUUCGUUCCAGACAAAGCCAGGACGUACUUCGAACACCAUCCGCACGUCGUGCCCGUCGUUCAAUACGCUCGGGUUACGCAUUCGCGCAUCAAGAAGGCUUCGGCCGCCUCAUCACCUCUGGAAAGAUCAUGCGGAAAUUGCCAAACACCGAGUUUCACAUACCGAACCUCAUGAACAAAUUAAACAUCAGCAACUCAAUAAAAGAGAACCGAAACCAAGGAAACACCUCGCAAAACGGGAGUGGAAGCAGCACGAGCGGCGGCAGGGCUCCUAUACAAGAUUUAGACACAAUCAAUUUGUGAUAAUAGUGGAAAAUUUCUUGAUUGGUUAUUUCAUGCAAAUAUUGGGCUUCAUGGUUCUGCAUUUGUGCAAACACGUACUUAUUGUCAGGUGUAAAGAAUAACAGGAUACCUUAUAGUAGGUGCAUAAGGCCCAAAGAGUGAUUUAUGGCAGGGUGAGUGACAAAUAAUAGUGUGGUACAAUAAGGUCGAUCAUAAACUUGUAACAUUUAAUCACUUGUUAGAAUAAAUAUACAAACUAAGAUCUCGACCGCUGUUGAUAAUGCCAAUUAUCGUAAAAAUUAUACAUUGAAAUUACGCUUGUUAGAUCUAACGUGAAUGCUUAACCUAGCUAAAAUCUUAUUUAUCAGGUGAUUAAAAAACCGCCCUUCUUAAAACUCUGAGGUUAAAUGAAGUUUACCACAAUCGUUAAGUAUGGAAAGUUUUUGAUUAACUAGCACGAUUUUUUUUUUGUAUUGCUAGCGAUAGUUUUUUUUUUAAAUUCUAUUUAUGAGAUGAUAAUUAUGUCCAAAUUUUAAUAAAGAGCGCCUUUAAUUCGGCAUAAUCGAAAUCCCAAUAAACAAAAAUCUCUUUCCGAAAUAUACGAUGAGUUUAAACUGAACGUAAAAAACAUGAAUUGAAUGGUUUUCAUCCCUUUCUUUUUAAUGGCAUUGCAAAUUAAUUUUGUAAAAGAGUAGAGAAUAUCCAGGAAUAAGAGCUUUUGUUCCUUUGUGGAUUGGGUCUCUACAGGAUAUAAAAAACUUCCGAGACGCUUGAAUAAACUGGUAGAGGAAAGUCUCCUAAUACAGGGUACUUUUUUUAAAAACACUGUUAUAAAAAAACGAAGUUAAUUUUAAACACUACUUCCAUAUUUUACGAUUAAUUUUACACUGUUUAAGGAUUUGAUAAAAGGAAAGAUGUUAAAAAUUAAAUGCAGAAGAAAACAUGCAACAUUAAAAAAAAUUGCACCACCCCAUAUUAGGAGCCAUGGUAUCCUAAUAUGGGGUACACCAAGUUCGUAAUAUGGGGUACCUAAUUUAAUAUGUAGAAACUAAAAAUAACCAAAAUAUGUACUAAAAAAAUAAUACGUAUUAUUUAUUAAAGUAAAUACCUAAAAGUUACAUGCAACCAAAAAGACAUUCCUCGCCUCUGACAUCUUCAGAAAAUGGACUUUCGCAAAACAUACAAAUAGCAUCAUGCUCAAAGUUUUCUACCUCGUCAUCUGAAUCUUGAUAUUCCGGUUCAGGAGCCGAGUCUGAAGAAGAAGAACAGCAGGAUACUGAUUUGCCAUGUUUUGUUUAGCCACUGACAAUUUAUUUUUUUUUCUGUUGGAAAGAUUUAAUUUUUUCUGUUGGUUUGGUUUUAAAUAACCAAUUUUUCUUUUAGUGCCCGAAGUUGAAGGUAAUUUUUUUUUUCCAUGCUGCUUUCCAAUUCUUCUUUGUAGGGCGUGCUAGUUAUAACCGCAGCUUUACCACUUCUUGUACUCGUUUUUUUAAUAAUAUCUUUAGAAAUAGUUGGAACAGGCAUUAAAUUUGUAGGAGUAACUUGUUUCAAAGCAAUAAUCUGUCUCUCUGGGGUAAUCCGUCUCUCAGGGCUUUUUUCUUUUGGCUCGUUGUUAUCUAAUACAUCCUCUAUUGUUUCUAUUUCUAUAUUUUCUUCCUGAACUGUUUCUGCUUCUACUAGUUCUUCACCAGACAUAUCCUGCACUUCUGCCACAAAGUCAUGUUCUUUAAAUAUGUUUCUGUCAGGAGGCAACAUUCCAGUUUUUCUAAAGCCGUUGAUGGCCGCGUCCAUGGUGGCCGCUUUUAUGUAGGCUUUCCCAAAAAGCUCUCCUAUCUGAUAGCCUGUUACUACACGUCCGGGAUUCAACCUUAGCCAGUUUGUAAUUUCCUGUGUGUAGUACGUUUUAAACCGAGACAUAAAAGCAACGUCCAAUGGUUGCAUCCGAUGAGUUGAAUGUGGUGGAAGGCAUAUUAUGUGAACAUAAAUUUCUCGCGCCAUGACCUCCAAAUUUUUUGUGUGGGAAUAAUGGCCGUCAAGUAUUAAAACCACUGGAUCAUCAGAGCUAGGCUCUGCCAGGUUAAUAAAAUGGCGAAGCCAUUCCACAAAUAUUUCUUGUUGGAUCCAGCCAGAUAAAUGGCACGCAUAUUUUGAUCCUGGAGGAGUGCCAUUCAUAAGCUCCAUUUUCAUGUUUUUUCGUGGGAAAAUUAUAAAGGGCGGUAUGUAUACUCCUGUUGCACUAAAACACAUAACUGUGGUUAACAAACCCACGCUCAGCGGAGGUUAUAGCACCGAUUUGUUUUUUUCCUUUUUUUCUCACGACUUUAACGUGCUUGUGUUGCACUAUGGUGAGGCCAGUUUCAUCGCAGUUAAAAAUUCUGACUGGAUUAUGAUAUAUUUUUCAAGAAGUGGCUCAUACAAAUCAAAAAAUGCUGCAACAUUUUCUCUAGUGAAGGAUUUAAUUCGUGCAUAUGAUAUUCCUUGAGGAGUUCGUAACGAUAAUUCUUUGUGUCUUGGCAGAAAGCUGGCAAACCAUUUCUUCCCAGCAGAUUCUUUGGCUACGCUAAAUGGAUUUGUUAUAUUAUUAGCUUUGCAUAAGCUAUAUGCCAAUCUGCAUACAUCUUUUUUGUGUAAUACCAAAAAAAUUUCUUUCCAUUUCUAAGCAGUGCUUUGCGAGCAGCGAUUCCAUUUCUUGUGAAAAGACAAUUUUGCGUCCCAGAGAAAAAUUCACAAUAUCUUCAGGAUUGACUUCCAUUUUUACGUACCUUUCCAAGGUUGUUUGGGGCACAUCGUGGGUUCUCGCACUCUUUUUGUAAUAAUUUGCUGCUUGUCCCAAACUUUCCUUUUUUUAGGCAUCUAAAAUAAAAUAUUUGGUAUUAAUCAAAAAGUAAAUAAUUAUCUCCUAAUGUGGGGUACCCCAAAUUAGGAAUUGAUAGGUACCCCAUAUUAGGAGCAAAUUAGAUUUUUGGAAGGGGCGAUUUUUUACAAAAAUUAAGAUUUUUUUUUAAAAAUCAUAUUCAUUUUCAUAAACUACGCAAAAUGUGAUAAAUAAUAGUAUUAUUAAAAGUUUGAAAACUUACCUUUAAGUCGCUUAAAAUAUCCAAAUCUACAACCGGCAAAAAAACUUUAUUUUUCAAACAAACUUUUUUUAACCUUAAACGUCAAAAGAAACUACGUCUUUGCUUCAAGAAGGGAAUAAGCGCUUCUGGCGCAUCUUCGUGGUUGGUACGUAAUGACGUAAUGCAGAUAAUAGAUGUCGCAACUAGUUCUAGCUCAAAAUUGAACUACAAGUUGAAAAGUUACGUAAAAAAGUACUGAAAAUUAUUUCUAUAAUAGGGAUGGAGAAUAAUAAUAAUAUAAUAGAAAACUUGUUUUUCUUUACUCUUUAUUAGGGUGGAGCAUUACAAUAUGAGAAAAUACAAUUUUUCGAUUUGAAAAUAAUGUAAUAGUGCGGAAAAGUUGCAUUUUUUUAUAAUUUUUGGGUUCCAUUAUAAUUUUAACAGCGCGUUUCACAAAUCGCGCGUAACAUCGAAGGCGUAAACAAAACAGCUCACCUUCUACACCAGCUUGCUAUCCUAUAUUGAUGAGAUCAAUAUAGGAUGAAACAUUUAAAUUUCUUGUAAAUAAUUCAAACACACAAAGUGGAAGACUCUGGCAUUUUAUCACUAGCUAGUUCUCGUAUAAGAUUUUGUAUAUCUGUUAUCAUUGCCAGAAGAAGAUUUUCUGAGUGGGCAAAGUAACUGUGUGUCGCUUCUUAAAUUAUAAGUGACACAUACAAACAAAUAUUAAUAGUAAAAAUUAAGUUAAAUAUUAUUGUUAACUAUAAAUUAUUUCAAUUUAAAAUUUACUUAUCUUAUCAAGCAUCUAACUAUUAUCGAAAAUUAUUGAAAUCUUUCGAAUUUUUUCAUAUUAAAACGUACAAAUGAUUGGAAAAUGUUCUCCAUUCUGUUGUCUUUAAAACAAGAUACAACACUUCAGCAUUUAUUAACCUAAACGUUUAAUUUUUUCAGAAAUAUUCGAGAGCAGCCUCUUUAAAAAAUUGUGUGCUUUAUUUUCUCGUUUUGAUAAAAAAACAAUAAUUACCAUUAAAAAAGAAUUUUUAUUUCCCAACUUAUAAUAAAAUAAAUAGCAUUCUUACUGUUAAAUCGAAAAACUUGUAAAACAAAUCAUAUAAUGUGAGUUAACUUAUUCAUUUUCAAAAUGGCUACAUCCGUUCCUUAUACAAGUACGAGGCCGUUUUCUUAUUUCUGUCUUCGAUUCGAUUAGGAAACUUAUAAACUGACGAAAUAUAUCAGAUCCGUUUUGUAUCCUCCCAAUUAGUUCUUGGCACGUAUUUACUUGCGUUGCAUAUACGAUUUCUUUGAGUUCUCCCCAUACGUAAAAAUCUAACGGUGUUAAAUCAGGACUUCUGGCAGGCAACAGUAUUGGCUCAGCCCUUUCAAUCCACCUGUUUGUAAAUAUUUGGUCUAAAAAUCCCCUUAUUCUUAGACGACUUUAGACUUUCUUUCCUUCUCUAAGAAAGUUUGAUUCAUCGGUCCAUAAAGUUUUGUUAAAAAUAGCAUCAUUAAUGUCCGCAUUCAAAAUUAUUCUACAGAAUUCAACUCUGCGCACCGGAUCCCCCACAUCCAGACCUUGCAAAGAAUGUGUGGUGGAACGUCGAAGACCAUUUUGCUGAACCACUGACCAAACUUCACACUGUGAUACACCCACCUGUUUUCUUGUACUUGGAUCGUAUUCAACUAGUCUUAAAAUUUUACCAUCAAUAUUGGCAUUUGCAAGAGGUGCUCCUACACGUUCCAUUUGCUGAACGCUGCCAAAUUCAGAGAUGCGGCGGAAGGUUGUACCAAACACGCUUACAUGCGGAUGCGUAUAUUUGGAAAGCAUCGUACAUAUCGAUGGUCAAGCUCACAAAUGUUGUAAGUGCAAAAUUGAAAUUUUCGAGAAUUAAAAAAAUUAAAUUUAUGGUUUUAUAAGAUUAAAUUUAGAGCUUAUUUGUACAUAUUGGCCUGUAAUUUUUUUUAAACGAUAAGUGUCCUUUCCAGUAUUGUUAAAAAUGUUAGUUUCAUAAAUAUUCAAUAAGGGAAUUUUGUAAAAAAAAAUAAUUUUUAUUCACUUAACUCAUUUGUACAAACUGAAUAUGUUACUUAAUACAUUUGUUACAAAAACAAAUACAACUGUACAUUAUAGUAAAUGGGCAUUGAUAAACAUAAAUACUACCAAAUCCAAAAAAAUAAUAAUAUUGAGCAACUAGUAAUAAUAUUAGUAACAUAAAAAAAACAUAAAUUAAUCUGUGUCUGAGUCUGAUGGAACGGUAUGGAUUGCUAAUUUUGCGGUAUGGUUUGUUGAAGGGAUGUUCUGAAUAAAAUCAGUAUAGUCUUCUGGAAUAAUUUUUUUGCCAAGCAGAUAAAGAAGAUCUUUCUUUUUCUUUUCUGAUACUGCAAGUCGUGAUUUGUAUUUGCUUUUUAGUUCAGAAGAAUUCAAAUCAGUUUUUUGACCUGAGCGCCUUCUGUUAACUGUAAUAUCGAGUUCAAAAAAAAAUCAGAACAUAGGUCAUAUUUAUAUUGUAUAAUAAAGGAUUUGCUCUUUUCCAAGCGUAUCCAUUUUAUACGCAUCCACGAAACUUUCUCUCCGUUAGUGUUUACGGAAGUGUUAAUAAUAACACCGUUAGUUAGUUGUUGCAAAUCAAAAAAAUCUGAAUAUUUCAGAUUUUCGACUUAGUAGGGUUUUGGUUUUAAUCUAGCAGUAGAUAUUAGUAGACACCAUUCUCAUGUAUUAUAAAUUUUUUUGUGAGCUCUCGCUCGUUCGAUUGUGGAGUGCAUGGAAUCUGCUUUCAGAUAAAAAUAACCAGAUUCCAUAAAUUUAAGGUCUAUUAUUUUAAGAUGAUCAAUUUUAUGAACUGCGUAAAGCAUCGCUGUAUUCACAAACUUGUUGCGAUUCUGACCACCAGCAGUAUCUGAAAAAGAUGAUAAGUGCUCAACCGUAUUAGGCAAGCUUUGUAUGUACUUUAGAAGGCAUGUACCUAUUUCUGAGCUUCCUUUACUACCAUGGGUUAACACAACAAUAACCAUCACGUGUCGAACUGUCAUAAAUCGUAAAAUUAUAUGCAUUUAAGUGUUGUUUAUAAUAUAUCUGACAAUCACCAGAAUAGGGAAAAGGCAAAAUAGCCUGAAGGUCAAAAGUAAUAGCUCUAAAGGUAACACCUUUUUGUGAAACAGCUUUUUAUUUAUCUUGCUCUUUCAUGUCCAUGGUGCUUUUUCUCGUUUUUUUAUGAUUCUCGUAAUCUUGUCUAACUGGAUCUUUGUCUUUUGCAGCCAAAAAUGCAUUACAAACUGAGCACUGGUCUUUUUUUGGUUUAUAAAAAGCCAGGGCAGGGUCGAAGGAGCGAAAUAUUUUUUCAUAGACAAACUGAGAAAUACGUUUUAAAUUUUAAGUUGCACACCAGUCUUUAUAAAAUCGAUACAUUGCCGAAAUGUUAAGUUCAGGAGAUAGAUAUUGCUUAGAGGAAUCCCUCCUGCAAUAUUGCGACUCAAUUCUCGGAAAGGAAUUGAUAUGGUCUUUUACAUGUUGUUUGUCUUGAUCAGAAGUAACAUUGUGUGCUUUUGAAUCCUCCCUUCUAUCAUAACCAACGUAAAGGCCAGUUUCACUAAUUGAUUCUGCACAUUUCUCUACACUUCGAUGUGAUAUAGCAAAUGUAGCGCAAAAAAAUUUUAAACACACACGAUAUCUUUUUUCUGCUCGUUUGAAAUAGUAAAUUCUAGAGGUUUUCCGGUUUUUUUUUUAAAGUGUUAUUUUUCCAUUAAAGAACUCAAAUGCAUUUUUUGUCGCUUAUAAUUGGCUUAAAGUUAUAAUACUCUUUGCACAUUAAUUCUCUUUCGUUUUCCGAAAAAAUUGUGCUACAUCUGUACCGACACUUGGAGCAAUCAACAGUUUUCGGUCUUUUUUCUGCAAUUUCUUUUCCAGCACGGUUUACUUUUUUUUUCACUAAGCCUUAGGUCUUUAAUAACAGAUCAUUUCCAAAGAGCCUUGUUUGCCUUUUGACGUCUUCGUUUUUUUGGAAUAACAUCCUGAUGGUUUUCAGCCUCUGUUUCAGCAUCAGUUAUAUCAUGUUCUGAUGACGAUGGUUGAUAAGAGCUUCCAGAACAAACAAAAGGAUCAGAUUCAUCAGAAUCAGUAGCACUUUGUGCAGUAUCAACCUGAUAAACGUUGCUGUCAAUAUCCAUUCUAGGCUCUUCAUCUAAAACAAAAAAAGCCAGCCAUAACAUACGACAUACUCAAGAAACUUUGAGACAAUUUUCUAAGCUAUUUUUACAUAAUUUUUUACCUUCAUUGGACUGCUCUUGGCCCUGAGGGCUCUUUAUUAGGAGGGUCAAUAUUAAUAUGUAAAUCCAUAUUAUCUAAAAAUACCAGGAAAUUUAAAAACAAAUAUAAAUGCACUAAAAAAAAUUGACCAUAAUUUUAAGACCAAAAGGUUAUUUCUGAUUAGGUACAAUACUUAAAUGUUUUAUUACCUAUAGACGAUGGAUAAAGGUACAUAACUCUGGUUAAACUAUAAUUUAAGAGUUAAGUAAAAAAAUUGUCCUCAAUUUAUUCUUUUCUGGAGUAUGAAGUUCUGGAGAAUUUACUGGCGAGAAGAGAAUAUACAAAAUUUUGAUUAAAAAAAAACCUUGAAUCCAUGUAUUGCUUAAUAUUACAUACAAUUAUUAUUGAAAUUAAAUGUUGAAAAAUAUUAUAAUUUAUAGAUCAAUACUUACCACUUCGCCUCUGAACUUGUUUCAAAGCCUCAAAUAUUUUUUUAGUACGCGAACCCAUUUCAUGUUAUUAUUACUAUGAUGACAAUGUACAAAUAUAAUAUCAUAAACUGCGAUUUACUUUGUAUUCUAAUAUUAUAAUCAUAAACACCAAAAGUAGCACACGCCUUGCCGGUAUAAUAAAAACAAAAAACUAAGCUCAAAAUUAGUUUCACAAAUAUAAAACACAAAUGCGCUAAAUGCGCACUAAACACAUUUGCCAUGCUUUAAUAAAAAGUACAAAGGUGAUAUGUGCAUUUGUCACAUAUGUAUUGCAGAAAUCUGCGCGUUAAAAGUACCUGCCACAUAUGUGAGAUGGCGCUAGUAGGCUAAAUACCUAUUUUUGACUUACCACCUUUGUGCAUAUAAGAUUUAACAAAAUUUUAAUAGGUUUGGUAGAAAUAUUUAAUUUUUUUUAAAAAUUGCACUUACAACAUUUGUGCGCUUGACCAUCGAUAUUCACGUUGAGCUUCAGCUGCAUUCCCAUUGCAAAAACCAGAAAUAAAUAAAAUAUCAGCAUAUUCACCAUUAGUAAACGUUGCUAUUUUGAACACCGCAACAAAAAUUCAAAUCGAAACUUGACGAUUGAGAUAAAACUAAAUUUUAUUAUUGUUAGUAAUUCACAAAAAAAGAAGGGCUCAUGGCAUAUUGAUAAAUACCCACAUUUGAAGAAAGUCUGGUGUAAGAUAAAUAAAAGUUUUUCGGAAGUCGAAUGUCGGAAUAAUAUGGGGUGAAAAGGUGGCACUAUCUCACUUCAAAAAUUUACAUUAUAACCUCAAAAUUGUUAUAAUUCAUAAACUUUAGUAAACAUCCAAUCGUUAUCAAUAAAAUAAUUAGGUAAUCGAAAUUACUCACCUGAAUGUUUUUAUUUGUACCACAAACUUGUCACCAGCAAGAAUACAGACUUUCGGAAAACGAGAAAACACGAUUGAUCAACGUUGAUCUAAUAGCGGCUAUGCGCAUAUCGAGCGUAAAAAAUUCAAAUACCUAUAGACAAGACAGCGGCGCAUUUUCACUCCGUUCUAGAGUAUAUUAGUCCAACUAUUAAACUAAAAAACCUAUUUAUUACCUGGUGAUUAAUUGUUAAAAAUAAUACUUUUUUUAUUCGUGUUUAGAUCGGCCUUUAAACCACUCUCACCCUUAAAAAAUUAUGUAUCAUGACAGUAUUUUUUUCGUAUUUUAAUGUAUUAACUAUUCAGAUCCCAAAGAAGGCUUUUAGCUCUAGGCAACAUUGGUUGAUAGUGGGACAAUUUUAGAAAUAUUUAUAUAACAAACUUUGUAUUUAUUCAUCACUGCCUUAUUGGCUACUUAGUUAUGUCGUAUGUCUCACAAGCGGCCAGUCGAUGCUUAGAAUAUGAUGGAAACGUCGACCCUCAGCGUUUAAGUUGUGUGAAAUUUUCACUUUUUUAAACGAGUAUUACGCUGAUAUCGUAUUUUAAGAAUUAACCUUGUUGAUUGUUGAUGAUUAUAAAAGCUAAGUUGUUUUUUGUUUGUUUUUUAAAUCCUUUUAACAAGAAAACGAAUAAGUAGGGGUGCCAUACAAUUUUAUAUAUACAAAGGACUAUGAAUGGGCCCUAAAUGUAGGGGGUUAGCAUAAAAAAUAGGCCGUUGGCACGUGUUUUAUUUAUGGCCCCAGUCGCGUUAUAAAAUACAAUCCUGGCAAACUUGAAAAUAAUAUAAUGGGUUGUAUUUUAUAAUUUGUUACUUGGUACACUACACUUAAUGAUAAGCUUUACUAGUCAACAGAAGUAUGUUUUAAAUGUUAAGUAUUUCGUAUUAUAUGAGGUUAUAUUUAAAAGUAUUGCUUUUUGUUUUUUUUUAUGAAUAAAUUUAUUUUUCCUGUA